UCCACCAUGACAGUGUAGGCCCCUGUGAGGACCAUCCUCACUCUACCCGUGUGGGACUUUAAUCCCAUGAGACACUGAUAGCAUCGGGAGGAUGGAGAACGUGAAGACAUUAUCAAUUAUUGCUCCCCUCCCCCGCUGAUAGCUUCCCACGCCUCCCCAAGGUGUGUGUAUCCCUCCCUUCACGUUCCACACCUCUGGCCCCAGGCUCUUCCUGGCUGUGAUCUGCAUUUGACUUGUCCUCCCAUCAUCCAGCCAGGCGUGAGACAGGGAGUCAGUGUGUAACCAUCGUCUGAACUAUAUCAACAUGGCGCCGGAUUCCUUCUGGACUUUUCUGGGACUUGUCCUUUUGGUGGCGAGUCACGUGACGGGACAGGACCCGUGCGGCGCCGCUGUGGACUCGUGCGUCGGCAUCUUUGACGAGGAUUUGAAAAGAGCCGGAGCUAAUGACAGCUUGGUCUGCAGUGCAAGUGACAGAUUACUUGGCUGUGUCGGUUCUUACCUUGGCUCUCCAAGUUCAGCUUGUGAUGUCAUCCGGGCUGUCCAGAUUGUCCAGGGUAUAACGAACCUUGCUGCCAGUCAAGUCAAACCCAACUGCACCCUGGGCAAUGCCCGGCUACCUGUACUGAGGACAGACAACUGCUCACAAACAAUCAACUUCUGUGCCGGCUUCCUGUACGCCGCACAGACACAGGAGACUGCAGCUGAUGCUUGCACGUUCAUCGGAUACCUACAGCAGUGCUCGCAGCUGGAGCCUGGCUUUGCAAACUGCACGCAGGACAAACUGGACGCCAUGCAGGACUACGUCAGCAGCGCCACCUUCAGGUUCAACGACUACCCGACCUUUUGUGCUGACCGUGAUAGGUUCGAUGUUGACAGCGCUAAUUUCAAGUUCUCUCAGUGCCUGGAGCUGACCAAGAACCUGACCAACGGUCUGCCGCGAGAUGAGAUGUGCAGGUUGUACACGUCACUGGUAGCCUGCCAGAAUGACGCGAAAGCACCGCCAGCCCCACGCAGCAACAGUCAUUUGACCGGCAGAUGGAGAGGAUCUUCCUGGACCUGCAGGGCAGACCCUUCUACUGCGAGGCCGACAACCCCUGCACGGAGGCGUUCCGACAAUGCAACGCUUCUCUCGUCCAGACGGAUCUUCAAGAGCCUUGCGAUCUCCUGUCUAUUUAUGACGACUGCCUGUCUAAGCUGUCGCCCCAAUCUGUGAAAAUACUUAUUCACUGGCGACCUAUGACCUCACGCCACCACCGUGGUCAGCCUGGUGAUUGAAGUCAACCAGAACUUUAACUGCUCUGCAGGCAUAAACGUGACAGGAAGUAGUCCCACACCGGCAACUACAACUACGACAGCACCAACUACAACAUUGUCGUCUACUACUACAAGUACUACAACGAGAACUACCACAACUGCUAGCACGUCAACGCCAU